AUGGGUCUAUUUUCCAGAGUUCUGCACAGGGAAACUGCUUCCAAGAGUCAUUCUUCAUCACACAGCAAGGGAACAACAAUAUUACAGAUACCGCAGAUCAAAAACGUGCCAGACACAACGUCUAAAUCAUUCGUUGUCGGGAAUGUGAGUAAAGCUCCAAAUACCUCAGGUAUCAUUCAAAAACAAUUAGGGGGUAUGAAUAGGGGGAUAUCUGUAAAUUAUGAGGAGAUUGAGAAUUUAAAAACUGAAAACAACAUGCUUCAUGAACAGGUGGCUCAACAGAAAUCGUUCAUACAGCGGUUAACGACUGAAUUGGAUGUUGAGAAGAAGGACACUUUGCAGAUGAAGCAGAAAAACCUGCAAUUGGAAAAAAAUCUAGCAAAUGCCACAAGAUCUGACUUACGAGACAGUCAGUCGUCCUCCGAGACUAAUAAUACAUCACUGCUGCUUCGAAAUACACCCGAAACAUCUGUUUCAACAACACCAGAUAAUUAUGAUUCGAAACAACAACCACAACAACAACCUCAGCAAACUACGAAACACGCUUCACAAAUAUUCGCCGGGCAGAACCAUACGCAAGUCAUACCGCUUACCAAAGAGAUGAACACGACCAUACUACAUACGCAGAAAAGCGUAUUAAUUGAAAGUCAGCGGCAAACAAUUGAACAACUAAAGAAGAGGGUGGCGGAGCUUGAGAUUCAAGCCAAAGAAAGUAUGGUAGAACGCGAAAGAUCUCUUGAUAUGCUCCACACCUCGAUGCUUGCUAUAAAAGCCAAUAAAAACUUUAUUGGGAGUAGCUCUAGUUUGAUCAAUGAAUCGGAAACAUUUCCCGAACCAACCAGAUCUUUGUACACUACAAAUUUGCCCCAGUAUUGUGAUCAUGAUGGUACUACAUAUGUCAUUGAAUCAUUUAAACCGUUUUGA